CUCAUGUCGGUCAGCGGUCGCUGUCUUCCGGGUUCGGCAAGGAGGAGCGGGCCGCUGCCGCCGCCGCAGCAUGAGGCGGGUCACGCUGUUCGUUAACGGCAGCCCCCGGAAUGGGAAGGUUGUGGCUGUGUACGGGACUUUAUCAGAUUUGCUGUCUGUGGCUAGUAAUAAGCUUGGAAUAAAAGCAACCAGCGUUUACAAUGGAAAAGGUGGACUCAUUGAUGAUAUCGCUUUGAUUAGGGAUGAUGAUGUUUUGUUUGUCUGUGAAGGGGAACCAUUCAUUGAUCCUCAGACUGAUGGGAGACCUCAUGAAGAACUAACAGGGUCACACACAGAUUGGUUAACGCUCAAUGUUGGAGGCCGAUACUUCACCACUACACGGAGCACUUUGGUUAAUAAAGAACCUGACAGUAUGUUGGCCCACAUGUUUAAAGAUAAAGAUGCUUGGGGAAAUAAGCAAGAUCAUAGAGGAGCAUUCCUAAUUGACCGCAGUCCAGAGUAUUUUGAGCCAAUUUUGAACUAUUUGCGUCACGGACAGCUCAUUGUAAAUGAUGGCAUUAAUUUGCUAGGUGUUUUGGAAGAGGCCAGGUUUUUUGGUAUCGAUUCACUAAUUGAACAUCUAGAAAUAGCUAUUAAGAAUUCACAGCCAGCUGAGGAUCACUCUCCUAUAUCUCGAAAGGAGUUUGUCCGAUUCCUACUGGCAACCCCAACCAAGUCUGAGCUGCGAUGUCAGGGUCUCAAUUUCAGUGGAGCGGAUCUUUCACGUCUAGAUCUUCGAUACAUAAACUUCAAGAUGGCUAACCUGAGCCGCUGCAACCUGGCACACGCCAACCUGUGCUGCGCAAAUCUUGAAAGAGCCGACCUCUCUGGAUCGGUGCUUGACUGCGCAAACCUUCAAGGCGUAAAGAUGCUGUGCUCCAACGCAGAAGGAGCAUCUCUAAAAGGGUGCAAUUUUGAAGAUCCAUCAGGCCUUAAAGCUAAUUUGGAAGGUGCUAACCUGAAAGGUGUUGACAUGGAAGGCAGUCAAAUGACAGGAAUUAAUCUAAGAGUCGCAACGCUGAAGAACGCAAAACUAAAAAACUGUAAUCUUAGAGGAGCAACUUUGGCAGGAACUGAUUUGGAAAAUUGUGAUCUAUCAGGUUGUGAUCUACAAGAAGCUAAUUUGAGGGGAUCUAAUGUAAAAGGAGCUAUCUUUGAAGAGAUGCUGACACCUUUGCACAUGUCUCAGAGCGUCAGAUAGGGAAGAGAAUACGCCGAAGAGGAAGGAAUCAAAACAUUUAUUGUGACUUUCUUCACCUCCUCCCCUUAUUAAGUUAGAAGUAAUGGUUAUUAGACAACUUACAUUUGCAGUAGUGCCUAAGUAAACUCUUUUUUGAUCACUUUUGGGGGAGGGAGCUUUUGUUUCAGAGGUAGAAAGACACUCUUUCUACUUCUGAACAGAGCGAGGAAGCGGGCUGGUUCUAGAACCAGGAUGUGUGGCCGGUUUGGGGGGGAGGGUUAAAUAGAUCCAUUGUUUAGCAUUGCCUCACUUUGAAAUGCAUUUUAAUUUAUGAAGCACAAUAUAUGCAAUUCUAUUUAUUAAAUCUGUAGCUGCAAUAUGAAAAUGUUAUUCAUGUCUAGUAGCAACAAAGUUCAGGUUUACAGUUAGACUAGUGUAUUUACAGUUAGUUUCCUCAGUCACGCACAGUGUAUUGACAGAUGUGUUUUCAGGUACUCUCUUCUUCUGGGGUGAAAACAGCAGUUAACUGUCAUCACAGGUAAUAUAUUGCCUUGUAGAAGUUUGAAUGCAGGUAUAGAACAGCUUUAUCAUCUUCUAAAGUGUCCAGUGAAAGCUGCUUCUUCCACUGAAGGGAUCUGCAUACACAGCAGAUUGUUACAACUAAAACAUCCCUGUUCAGAAAUCGUGUGUCUUAUUCAAUCCUUUCCAAAUUAGUGUGAAAUUGCAGUAUCAGUCACAGCUGGUAAGAAAAAUUCUCUUGCUUUCAAACGUCCUAACCACUCCAAACUAGAGUACCUGUAGUUUUUUUCAUUUAUUGUGGGGAACUAAAUGUACAUAGGAAAUACAAUACUGUCACCAAAGUAGAGCUAGGCACUGGGGCCACAGCACACACUGUCCUGUCCUUACUCCAGUAUAUGAAUAAAUGGCACCUGUUUCCCCUCAAUGUACUAUGCAAAUACUCUCGUACACUGAAUCCUUGAACGCAUGGGCAUAAUCCUUCUCCCAGCCAGAACUUACUAUUCCACUUUGGGCCUGCUUAAAGUGAGUGUAAAAGCGUCUCGUGGAGGGCAACGCGCCCUUUCCACGACUGCUUUACCUGUGAGCAAGUAGGGAAGGCCGUGACUUCUGCAGCGCACAAAAACCUCACAGCAUCUCUCUCAGUGGUGGUGCACUUCAUUUCAUAAGCUGUUUCCAGUGUAGUAUCAAUCUAGUUCUCAUCUAACAAAACAUUUAUUUUAGACACAAUCAAAAAGCACAUGAAGAAACUAUACCAAAAAAAAAAGAAA